AUCUUCAGGCAGAAUUCCAAGUCCGAAGGACGGCACGGUUUUGCGUUUGAGCGACACAUCGGCUGCAUAGGUGUUGGGAGAUUGACCAUUCGCCCAGGAGAGAGGCUAUGGCUGCCACCGUCCCCACGACUCCUAGUUUCGACGUCAAUCCAAGGCCUGGCGAGCCGUUCUUGCUUAUAGCGGGGCCGAAUGUGAUUGAAUCGGAGGAACACACGCUGCGCAUGGCACAGGCUAUAAAAGAGGUCGCUGAGAGCCUGGAUCUGCGGUUUGUCUUCAAGGCGAGCUUUGACAAGGCCAAUCGCACGUCAGCAAAUUCGUUCAGGGGCCCGGGAAUGGAGGAAGGGCUCAAGAUUUUGGCGCAAGUGAGGCAGCAGGUGCAGGUGCCGGUGCUCACAGACGUACAUGAAACGAGCCAGUGCGAGCCGGUCGCCAAUGUGGUGGACGUCAUUCAGAUCCCGGCCUUCCUCUGCAGACAGACGGACCUGCUGACGGCAGCAGCGCGUACCGGCCGGCCCAUCCACAUCAAGAAGGGGCAGAUGUGCAGCGCUGAGGUAGUGGUGGCAGCAGCAGACAAGGUCAGAGCAGCCGGCAAUCCCCAUGUGAUGGUGUGUGAGCGGGGCACCAUGUUUGGGUACGGAGAUCUGAUCUUGGAUCCUCGCAAUCUGGUCCAGAUGCGGGCGGCAAACUGCCCUGUGGUUGCUGACGUUACCCACUCCUUGCAGCAACCUGCACAGCGACAGUUGCCAGGAGGGGGUCUAGCAAGUGGAGGGCAGAGGCACCUGAUUCCAGCAGUGGCGCGUGCAUGUGUGGCGGUGGGAGUGGAUGGCAUCUUCAUGGAGGUUCAUGACAAUCCCGAGGCUGCUCCUGUGGACGGCCCGACACAAUGGCCCCUUCAUUUGUUGAGACCACUGCUGACAGAACUGGUCGCCAUUGCGGCUGCGACUAAAGGGAAAGAAACGUCAUACGUUUGAGAUUUUACGCUACCUCUUUAGGAUUUGUUCGUACAUUCUGCAUGCUAAACGAGAGGCUUCAAAGCUACAAUUUUGGGGUGUCUUGUGACAGCCGAUGUAUGUGACAGCAAAUGUAUGUGACAGCAAAUGUAUGUGUGUUGAGGCUUUCGAGCUUUAGCGUAUUCAGUGG